AUCGAAUGGGCCAAAGAGGGCCCCGUAGUGUCUCUCUGUCCUUAGUAUAAAUAAGAGGUAGCUUCCGGCGGUGGAUCAGUGCGUAUCCUGGGAGGCAUUCGAACAUGGUGACUCGAAUCAAACUGACGGGCGGGACUCCCAUUACCCUGGAACAGGCAAUUGACUUGCGUCAGACGGUCUUCGGAUCGGCAGCAGCCCCUCCUCGGGGUGAAUGGACAAGGACGGGACUGAUAUUCGGCCAACCAAAUCAGGAACUGCCGUAUGGCUUGCGAUGUCCGAGGAAUGCAACGCGAGGACUUCAGUCAGUGGUGCAGGCGUUCAUCAUAAAAUAUUUUCUCUUUGAUAGCAGGAACAAUGAGAAAUCUCUCCCUUUGGACGUACUCCUGAAGCCGUCCGAAGCUCAACAGCACGAAGCGCUCUGGCGCUCCAUAUCCACUGUUUUGUGGAUGAUUGGUGAAAAAGCUUUAGUGAAGGUCGUGUUGCCAGGUGAAAUUCCCCACAUACCGCACAGUCACACAUAUUUUCAGGAUUCAGUCACCGAGAAAUUGUAUCUCUUUGAGUUUACCAAUUUGGAGGAUUUGCAAAUAUUUAUCAAGCGCUACUUAUUCUUCUUUCUUGAAGAUCCGGGACCUGGAGCUCUACUUUUCCUCUAUAGUGCAGUCAUUACCAGAACAACACCCAAAAUUAAGACAGACUUGGAUGCUCCCAAAGGAGCUCAUCUGAUGGGACCCCACGAGGAGGGAUCACUCAAUGUGGUGACUCUGCUCUUGACCGGAAGAGCCACUCCAUAUUUGCACAACGGAGUCGUGUAUGUCGGCGAUGAGGACCACUAUGCACUUCCUCAAUUCGGAAUUCUGCAGAGAUCAAGCAUUGGGUUGAUUGUCUGGGAAGGUGAAAAUGAGGCAGUCCAGGCAUCUUCUCGCCAACCAGGCUCUCGUCUGAAGACACCCGCUAUUCCAAUAUGGGUGACCAGCUGUUGUGGUCACUACGGUGUGGUGUUCAAUUCCAACAGAGAACUCUUGAGGAACUACCAUGCUGAGAAGCGCUUCGAGUUGCACUACUACACCUGUGCCGCGUGUCAUCUCUCCAUGACAGUCGACACGAGGACUCAUGAAGAUCCCGAAGCAAUGUUGCAGAGGCAAAACAGCUCAGCCUCGAGCGGCAACAACAGUGGGAACACUCAAAAUCAGGACAUCGUGGCCACGCCACUGGAGAGGCUGAUCCACACCAAGUGGAUGGAUGCUAAGAUUACAUUCCACGGUCCAGCUCCUCCAUCACUGAAUUACUAGCAGAGACACGGGUAAUCACUUUGGCGUGUGAUUGUUAAUGUUCCGUAAUUGAAAUUACAUUUUAUGGCUAAUAAAAGGACACUAAAUCCACCUAGAAAAUGCAGUAUAAGAAAGAUGGAUUAUUCUCUUACAUUUAUAGAACCAACUAAACAAAUUAUAAUUACAGAAUAUAAAGCUUAA